AUGGGGGAGUUACUCGAAGGACAAGAGCACCACUUCAACCCUGUUAAUAUUUCUGCUCCUCACAUCAUUUAUGUGGCUCUAGGAUUUUUUAUUGUACUGUUUGGCAUAUUCUCCAUGCUUGUCAAAGAGCGUUUGUACAUGGGCGAGGCGCCACUAGCAUUGGUGUUUGGUAUUAUCAUCGGACCAAGUGCUGCAAAUAUUUUUCAUCCGAAUGAUUGGGGAUCUGAACAUAACCCAGCGCCAGGGAGCACCACAACCAAUACAAUUACUUUGGAGAUAAUGAGAGUAUGUAUCGCCCUAUCUGUAUUUUCUGUGGGCGUAGAGUUGCCAAAAAAAUACGUUUGGAAUCAUUGGCGAACUAUUUUUAUGUUAUUAGGGCCUGUUAUGCUUUGGGGCUGGUUAAUCACGGGUCUUCUAAUUUGGGCGUUGAUUCCAGGUAUUGACUUUUUGGCGGCCCUGAUGAUUGCAUCCUGCGUCUCACCCACAGAUCCAAUUCUUGCACAGGCUGUUGUUGGUGGACCGUGGGCUGAAAAACAUGUGCCAGCACAUAUUCGGCAUAUGCUUCAAUGCGAAUCUGGCUGUAAUGAUGGUGCUGCCUUCCCAUUUCUUUUCCUCGCAUACUUCUUGACUGUAAAUCGUGGACAAGUCGGGUUUCCCGUUGCGAAAUGGUUCUAUCAAACCAUGGCUUGGGAAAUUGUUUGUGGUACAAUCAUUGGAGCCCUGAUCGGGUAUAUCGCCCGUAAGCUCAUCCGGUUUAGCGAAAAGCACAAGCUUGUCGAUCGUGAAAGUUUUGUGGCACAGUACCUCAGUCUAGCAGUGGCAAGUAUGGGUUUAAACGUUCUUAUUGGGAGUGAUGAUUUGCUGGCCGCUUUUGCUUGUGGCACAGCUUUUGCCUGGGACGGAUGGUUCCAAAAGCAGACUGCCGACUCGAACUUUUCUAGUAUUGUCGAUUUGGUCUUCAAUAUUGCGACUUUUGUAUAUAUUGGUGCUGAGAUGCCUUGGAAGGAGUUUGUGGAUGGGUCUAUCAAUUUGAGUGUCGGGCGCUUGAUCGGACUGAGUAUUCUUGUUUUGUUGUUGAAACGAUUGCCUAUCGUUCUUUUGACUUGGAAAUUUAUUCCAGACAUCAAGACUUUCCAUGAAGCAGUUUUCACUGGAUACUUUGGUCCCAUGGGUGUUGGUGCGAUAUUUAUGUGCACAUAUGGACGCAUUUUGCUACCAGACGAUGCGCCAAUUCCACCCCAAACACCAAACGAUGUGCUCGUGCAUACCAUUCAACCUAUUGUGUUCUUCUUUGUGUUGUCAUCUGUCAUCGUGCAUGGCUUCAGCAUUCCAUUUUUCGCGUUUGGAAAACGCGCCCAUGUAAAUUUGAACCGUACACUCACCAUGAAUACUUCAGUAUUUCCUAACAGUGAGCCAAGCUGGGUCAACCGUGUUCGUCGCUGGAAUACAAUGUUUACUACGCCUGAAACUACCGACCUCGAUCAAGAACCUAGCUCUGUGGUACAGGCCAUGCAAGAAGGAUACAAGCGCCAACAGUUGUAUGGCACUACAGAGAAUGAUGAUGCUGAAGAAACCGAACCGCAAUCAGAGAAGGAUAAGUCCAAUGGUAAGGAACGUGUACGCACGCGAGUUGAUUUUGGUCGGGCCGAAACCAUUGAUGAUGCUGAAGAUGCCGCUUUUACAGAUGGUGAUGACUGGGAUGGUGAAGAUACUGUUGAGACGCGGCGUUAUCGUAAGAGACUAGAGAAAGAAAGGCUUGCACAGGCGGCAGAAGGACAAGAUAUAACUGAUGUGCAUGACGUUGGAGGGGAAGACCUAGAAAAGCAAUUGGCUUUUAAGGAUGAUGAAGAUGAUCCCGAAUAUCCGAGGGUAAAAGAGUGGAUUGAAGGGCAUAAUAUCGUCUUGGAAGUGAUAGAAAAGCCUUUGGACGAGCCAAAAACAAUUGUGAUCCCCUUGGAUCAAGAAACAUAUGACGAAGUGGAAAAAGAACAGAGUCCGCUCCGUUCAUUUAUUUACAAAUACGAAGACAAGAUUGCUCACGCAUUCGAACAAGACCAAGACACUAAAUUGUCUGAAUUAAAUUUGGCACAGCUAUAUUCACGGAAACUCCUAGCAAAGAUCUCUUCAUUUGCGCAAGAGCGGCGUAAAGGUAGCAUGCCAGAGAAUAUUGCUACUACCAGCUCCGCAACAAAUAUACCUGUGGCAUCUAACGGAGAUACGAUCCGUGUUGCUAAAGAACCAAGUCGAAACUUUGACGUUAUAGCUGUUCGUCCUGAUGGCACAAUCUUGGAAUAA